AGAAUGCCUCCGGAUUACAAAUGGCUGCUACACAAGCUAUUGCCCACGAGUAAAUACGUUCUUUCGUGAUUUCACGUAUAAACCGCUGUACAAAUCAAGCACACCUAAUCAAACAUCGAAUCAAUUUCGGAAUUUCGUGGUGUGAACAAUUCAGUAUCAUCAUCACCAGUUUUCUAUUAAUCUUCACAAAUAUAUUAAAUUAUGAAGGACUCGCAGGUAACAUUGUCUGAUCAAAGACUGGACUCCUGAUUGGAGUCUGGAAUCUUUUAUGACCCUUGAGUACGAGUGUUCAAAAUACUCAGUGAGACCACGUGCGGAAGUUUGAAGUAUAUUUGAGUGAGUUGCAGCUAGUGAUUUUACAUUGUUGUGAGAAUAAUUAAGGGGCUGGAUGUCGGUGACCUUUGCACAACGCGGCCGGCCGCCACCGAGCCCAGCACAGAUACAAAAGAUGUUAGAUGAGAAUUGUCACUUGAUUCAGACGAUCCAGGACUUCCAAAACAAAGGGAAACCCCAGGAGUGCAUUCAGUAUCAGCAGAUUUUACACAGAAACCUUGUGUAUUUGGCGUCCAUUGCUGAUGCAAAUCAGAACAUUCAAGCUCUGCUGCCGCCACCCCUGGGGAUGCCGCCAAUUGCUAAUGGGCCCCAGCACCCGAUGAUGGGGCCCCAAGGGCCUCCGGCGUUAGGGGGAGCGCCUCCCAAUGCACCUGGGCCAGGUGGUGAUAUGCCACCGAAUGCCCAGCAGCCAUUGCCAAUGUCAGGGUUUCCACAGGGGCAGCCUAUGGGUCAACCCGGGUAUAGAGGGCCUGUGAUGCCUGGCCAGGGACCCGCUAUGAAUCGAGUGAAUCCAGGCCCUGGACCUCAACAAUUCCGUGGAGGGCCUCAAGGUUACCCCCAGCAGCCAGGUCAGCAAGGCUACCCAGCUUCCUAUGGUACUCAGAAUCCCUCCGGGAAUUACCAGGGUCCCCAGGGGCCCUCCUACGGACCAAACCAGCCAGCUCAGUUCGCGCCCUCUAACCCCCCUCAACAACAGGGCUACCCAGCCGGCUCCCAACAGAACUACGGGCCCCCAACAACUGUCAACAGCUACGGAGGUCAACCGGGGGCAUAUCCUCCACCCGGAGGUCCCCAACCACAAGGAAACUACGGGCCUCCUCCUCCGAGUCAGCAGGGCUACUCACCAGCCACCUCAACACAACAGAAUUUCUCCCAAAACGCUCAACAGCCACCUCAGCAACAACCCGGCCAGUAUGGCAGCCCGAGUCCUCAACCAAACUAUCAACCCCCCAAUCAGACACCGGCACAGAGUGCCUACGGAUCCAAUCCCUCUCCUGGGAACUACCCUCCACCCCCUCAAGGCAAUCAACCCUAUCCUAACAAUGUUCCACCUCAGAACUAUCCGCCACCAGCCACAUCAAAUAACGUUGCUCAACCAUCGCAGCCUGGGCCCCCUCAGCAGUCCUCAGGGCCUCCCCAGCCCAACUACUCGAGUCAACCGAGUCCUGGUGGUCCUCCCACCCCCUACGGUCCCACGUCAACGUCUCCACCAUUCAGUACCACCUCUGUAUCCGGAGCAAACACGUAUCCCCAGAGCAGCCAACCCACGAGUACACCAUCAGCAUCUACCCAGACGUAUCCCAGUAGUGGGCCUCCACCAGCGACAUCUCAGGCAGGGAGUUACGUGCCCCCCAUGCCCACACCUUCAGGAUAUCCUGUUCAUCAGCCUUCUCAUUUGCCAUCUCAUCAGCCCCAUCAACCUCCUCAUCAAGGGGGCCCUCACGGGCCUUCUCACCAAGGACCCCCGCAUCAGGGGCCUCAUCAGCCACCUCAUGGCCCUCAUCAAGGACCUCAUCAGAUUCCUCACCAGCCUGGACCCACACAACCUGGACCCCCAUCGUCACAGCCUUCCUCGCAACCGCCGCAGGGUCAACCUCCUCAGCAGUCACAGGGUCAGGGCCCGGGGCAGAGUCAACCUCCACCUUCACAACCACCUCAGCAGCAGCAGAGUCAACAGACUGGGCCACCGCACCAGCAAUCCCCCAGCCCUGGCCCUGGAAACUUCCCACCGACUUCAGGUGGUCCUCCGUCGCAGGGACCUCCGAGUAACGCAGGGCCACCGGCCCCAGGACAGCCUCCAGGCGGGUAUGGACCCCCUCAAUCCCAUCCGGCUACGACGCAGACUUAUGUGCCCCCUGGACCCGGGGGACAACCUCCGCAGGGAUAUCCUCCUCAUCCUCCUGGCCAAGGGGGACAGCCGCAUUACGGGCAUCCUCAGUAUCCUCCCCAGAAUUAUCCACCCCAUCCAGGCCCACCGGGAGGACAGGGAUAUCCGCAGUAUCCUCCGAGGGGACCUCCGGGACACAUGCCACCACCCCCUGGACCACAGGGCCCACCACCCAAUCAGUAUGGGGGGUAUGGGUAUCAGCAACCGCCACAGUGAAAGAAACGAUUUUUUAAUGCUUGGAUGUAAUGUCUUUUCUAACUUUUUUGUGAUUCGGAAUGAUUUGUGAAGAUCCGGGUUUGUACUAUAGGAUUAACUGAUUGUGGAUUACUACUGUCGAUUUAUCAUUAAAAAUUCUGUCUCAAAGCUCAUA